UGUUCUUGAGCUCUCUCAGUGCUCUUUCUCUAGUUCUUCACCUCUGUACAUAGACGACGAGAGAAAGAGAGAGAACAAUGGAAGGAACAGUGUUUCCCAAUAGGCCAGCAAUGCCCGCAAAGCCACUGAAAAAAGAUUCAAAUUCCAAAUCAAAUCAGCUAAAGUUCAGCACUUCAUUGCCUCCGCCACCACCGGCACCACCAUCUCACGCCCUUCCCUUGGAUUCUCUCCUCCACCAGCUCCAUCACCUCACCACCACCCAUAAAAAUCCCACCUUUCCCUUCCUCCACCCUUCCUCCACUCGUACAAGAAAAGGCAACCACUUUCUCUCCAGAAAAGGCAAGUCUUUGCUCAAAUCUAUGGUCGAACACCCCUUGCAUGGGUUGCAUUCUUUUCUUGAUUCCAUGGAGGAUGAGAUUUCUGGUUUAGAUUCUGUUAGCCUUUUGAAAGGGUUGGAGCUCGCUGGUGAAUGGGAGAAAGCUCUGGUCUUGUUCCAAUGGCUCAGUUCCAAUCAGAAUGCUGAGAAGAUGAGGUUGAAUGAGCAGUCCAUUGAAGCAAUCAUCCGGGUUUUGGGCAAGGAGUCUCAGCACUCGGUUGCCUGCAAGGUGUUUGAUUCUAUUCCUCUGAAGGAUUACUGCCUCGAUAUCCGUUCUUACACCACUCUCUUGCAUGCUUACGCUCGUUCAGGGAAUUAUGUUAGAGCUAUUGAUGUGUUUGAGCAGGUGAAGGAGAAGGGUCUUUCUCCAACUUUGGUUACUUACAAUGUGAUGCUUGAUGUUUAUGGAAAGAUGGGGAGGUCAUGGGAUAAGAUUUUGAACCUCUUGGAUGAGAUGAGGAACAAUGGUUUGGAAUUCGAUGAAUUCACGAUUAGCACUGUGCUUUCAGCUUGUGGAAGAGAAGGGUUGAUUAAGGAGGCAAUGGAGUUCUUUGAAUGUUCAAAGUCUGAAGGUUAUGUUCCGGGUGUUGUUACUUACAAUGCAUUGCUUCAGGUGUUUGGAAAAGCCGGAAAUUAUGCGCAGGCAUUGAGGAUUUUGAAGGAAAUGGAGGAGAAUGGUUGCUCGCCGGACUCUGUUACUUAUAAUGAGCUUGCUGCUACAUAUGCUCGAGCUGGGUUUUAUGAGGAAGCGGCUGCUGUAUUUGAUGAAAUGGCUACUAAGGGAAUUAUGCCGAAUUCGGUGACAUAUUCUACUGUGAUCAAUGCUUAUGGAAAGGUUGGAAAGGAGGAUGAGGCAUUGGAUUUGUUCGAUCAGAUGAAGAAGUCGGGUUGUGUUCCUAAUACAUGUACAUAUAAUACCAUUAUUGGAUUGCUAGGGAAGAAGUCAAGGUCAAAUGAGAUGUUGGACAUACUUUGUGAUAUGAAGUCUAAUGGCUGUGUUCCUAAUCGGAUCACUUGGAAUAUAAUGUUGGCAAUGUGUGGCAAAAGGGGCAUGGGCAAUUAUGUGAGUCAGGUGUUUUCAGAGAUGAAGAAUUCUGGGAUUGAACCUGGUAGGGAUACUUUCAACACUUUGAUUGCUGCUUAUGGACGGUGUGGGUCGGGAAAACAUGCUUUGAAGUUCUAUGAAGAGUUAAUACGAGCUGGUUUCAGUCCUACUCUUACAACUUACAAUGCACUCCUGAAUGCAAUAGCUAGAAGAGGUGAUUGGCAAGCAGCAAAAUCAGUCAUGAUUGACAUGAAGAGUAAAGGGUUCAAGCCUAAUGAACUCUCGUAUUCUAUGCUGCUUCAGUGUUAUGCGCAGGCAAAAAAUGUCAGAGGGAUCGAAGCUAUUGAAGAAGAUGUCUAUGCCGGCCGAAUUUUUCCAAGUUGGGUAGUGUUGAGAACUCUUGUUAUUGCCAACUUCAAGUGCAGAGUGUUGCAGGGAAUGGAGAAAGCGUUUGUUGAGCUGGAGAAAAAUGGUUAUAAAUCUGAUUUAGUUGUUCUGAAUUCGAUGUUAUCUAUAUAUGCAAAGAACAGAAUGUAUGACCGUGCUCAUGAAAUUCUCGAUUUGAUCCACCGUAGUGGCUUUCAGCCUGAUCUCAUCACCCAAAAUAGCUUGAUGGACAUGUAUGCAAGAAGCGGGGAGUGUUGGAAAGCCGAAGAGAUCUUAAGAGAACUUCAUAACUCUGGACCGAAGCCAGAUAUUGUUUCUUACAACACUGUAAUCAAUGGAUUCUGCAAGCAAGGGCUCAUGCAGGAUGCAUUAAGGAUUCUCAAUGAGAUGAUGGCUAUUGGAAUUGCUCCUUGCUUGGUCACUUACAACACUUUCAUUAGUGGUUAUUCAAGUAUGGAAAUGUUCAAAGAGGCAAGAGAUGUCAUCAGUUACAUGAUACAACACAACUUCAAGCCUACUGAGUUAACUUACAAGAUAGUUGUCGACGGUUAUUGUAAAGCAAGACGAUACAAUGAAGCUAGGGAGUUUGUGACAGGAAUCAUAGAAACAGAUUUAACUUUUGACGAACGCUUGUUGCCUAAACUAUCACUCCGGAUAGAGGAAUACGAAGAUUCAUGAAUCUAAUCAACUGCAGUUGAAGAAAUCUUUGCAGAGGGAUUGCUGUAAUCCUG